AUGGGUGGCACUUCUUCAAAACACAAUAAUGAACCAAUAAUGAUUUAUAAUGAACCUGAAGUACGACUUCGGCAGUUUCCGCAAUCUCCAUCUCCAUCAUCACCAACAUCAACAACCUCUACUAUCUGCAUCACAACAGACAAGUUGGAAGAAAUAAUACGCGAAAGAGUCGCGGCAGAACUACGACAUCGCGAAGAAUUUGAUACGGAAAUUCAGCGCGAAAUAGAUGCUGAAUUAUCAAGGUUAUUCAGAUUUGAUGAUCAUAUGGAUUAUGAUCCAAGACUGCACUCUAAGAGAAUAAAUGAGGAAAUUGAGAAUUUGGAGCAGAGAAUUCGACGAUCUUUUGAGGUGACAACUCCCACCACCGUAAUAGAGCAUCAAAGAUCCUUAAUAAGAUGUUACACUAAAAAAGAAAACAUCAAUCAACCAUUAAACUGUGCAGAACAAGUCGAAAAAUUCAAAGCAAGCGUGGAGCAGGCGCUUCGGGUAUGA